CCCCAACUCACGCCAAGAUGGCCAGCAACCCCGCACGCUAACCCGUCGAACCAAACCCUGGGAGAGUCUGGGAAGGUCGGACGAAUCGGCUGAGACUAGCUGAGGGCUCCCUUGGGAGAGGGAAAACCCACCAGAGUAACCUUAUGACAGCAACCUAGCGAGCAGCGAAGAAACUGUGACAAUGAAACCGCCAGCUGACUAGGCCACCUACCUGAGCUCCCAUCCUCGGCCCGUGUCCAAAAGACAUCUUCGUCCGUGUCUACCCCCACGACUCUCGCGCCAAGUCUCCGCCUGGCUCCCAUCAUGGCUGAUACUACGACCGAUGCCGGUCCGACCCUAACUUCCGAUAAAGGUCCCGUGCCCGCUCAUACGGUUGACGAGCCGAUCGGAGAUCUCCAGCUUCCUCGAGGAUGGAUGUAUAAGUCGUGGAGGAUGGGUCGCUGGAGCACGCCCUGGUAUGCGUCUCCGAGGUUCCAGCUCGGUAUGGUCGCGUUUGUCUGUUUCAUGUGUCCGGGCAUGUUCAAUGCGCUCAGCGGUCUGGGCGGUGGCGGCAAAGCCGAUCCGACGUUGGCAGAUCAAAUGAACCUCACCCUGUACAGUGUCUUCGCCGUGGUCGGCUUCUUCUCGGGCUCGAUUGUCAAUUGGGUCGGGAUCCGACUGUCUCUGUCCUUUGGAGGAAUCGGAUAUUGCAUCUAUGCGAUCAGUCUGCUUGUCUCCGUGCACAAAUAUGUGCCGGGGUUCAAUAUCUUCGCAGGGGCCUUACUCGGUGCCUGUGCGGGUAUCUUGUGGUCGGCUCAGGGCGCGAUCAUGAUGUCUUACCCCCACGAACACCAAAAAGGCCGGUAUUUCGCGUGGUUCUGGGGUAUUUUUAACAUCGGGGCCUGUAUGGGCAGUCUUAUCGCCCUCGGCACGAAUAUCGACGUCAAAUCCGCCGCCACUGUCAGCGAUGGAACGUACAUUGCUUUCAUCGUCCUCAUGUUCUUUGGCGCUUGCCUGGCUCUGAUGCUCUGCGAUGCAAAGAAGGUCAUUCGUCGCGACGGAUCUCGGAUUAUUAUCAUGAAAAACCCAACGUGGAAAACCGAGCUGUACGGGCUCUACGACACGCUGAAGAACGAACCAUUUGUCAUUCUUCUGUUUCCCAUGUUCUGGUCGUCCAACUGGUUUUAUACAUACCAAGGAAACGCAAUCAACGUCGCCUACUUCAAUACCCGCACGAGGGCCCUGAAUUCCUUCCUAUACUGGUUCGCUCAAAUCGUGGCUGCAAGUAUCAUCGGCCCACUCCUCGAUAUGACGUACUUCCGUCGUACAGUGCGUGCCCGCAGCGCGUGGGCCAUCCUUUUCAUCUUGACUAUGGUUAUCUGGGGUGGUGGUUGGGCCUGGCAGAAGAAUUAUACUCGCGAGUCUGUGGACCCAGAAACAACGGGCUUCCAGCAUUGGGAUUGGACCCACCCGGGAUACGUUGGGCCCAUGUUCCUGUACUUCUUCUACGGGUUCUAUGACGCCGUCUGGCAGGGUGUUAUCUACUGGUAUAUGGGGGCUCUUUCCAACUCCGGGCGCAAAGGUGCCAACUUUGCCGGAUUUUAUAAAGGCAUCCAAUCUGCGGGUGCGGCCGUGGUGUGGAGUAUAGAUUUCCACAAGGCAUCUUACGCAGCCGAGUUCGCCAGCAACUGGGGUCUCCUCGGAGGAUCGCUACUCGUCGCGGCGCCAGUCAUCUUCCUACGGAUCAAGGACCAUGUGGAUAUUGCGGAUGAUCUGCAAAAUACCGACGAGACGGUUGAGGAUGUUCUUCCUGCUGGACAUCCGGAGAAGUAGCUGUCAUCACUGUAACACGGUCCUUCCUUAAAUACUCCUCUUCACGCCGGGACCUCGGGUACUACCAGAAUCAAAUAGUUGGUGAUGAAUGACUAUAGUUGGUGAUGAAUGACUAUGUCUUGAUCAUGAUGGCUAUAUGGUCAUGAUGGCUAUAUGAACUGGGGACAAGAUAGGAUCCUACACUCUGACAAUUUCCAUCCUCUCUCCAUUUUUAUUAGCAGACUUCGUGGCCUGCUUUGUCUUGCCAUAGAUAAUUCAACCUGUCCAUUUUCU